CGCAACUAUAAAAGCAGAACCUGCUGCGUUUCUCUGUUGCUUCUGUUUCAUUUCCUCCAAUAGAGCUAUUUCGUCGGUCAGUCUCUGCAAACCCCUUCAUUUUCUUGGAUUUCCGUUUCUCCAUUCUCGCAUUUGAUAUUUCAUGGCGACGGCGAUGAUUCUCUUCGCUCUCUGACUGCUCUUCGCUCUCUGACUGCACUUUCACUGCGAGUCGAUUCGUCUCCUUCACAUUCGCCGGCAGACGAGACGGUUCCGGUGACGAUCGGACUGAACUGUAGUUGAGACUUUCUAGGUCAACUGCGUAGUGAUACAUCCUACUUGGAGGAGCAGGUUCUCACACGUCAACGACAGAGACAAAGCUGUACUUUGCAAUACUGACAUGGGAGGUGGCAAGCAACCUGUUGCUGGUACUUUUAGUUCAUCACCAAAGGGUAAAAGUGUGAGCACUCAGUAUGGGCAGCCAUCUGGAGGCACUGUCUCUGGUAACAACAGCCCCAAGGUAGACCAACUGAGUCAUGUUGUGGCAGGCAUCAGCCUGGAUAGUGCACAAGAUGAUGAGUGGGAGGUUUGUGCAAGGAAGUCCAAGAACCGGGCAGGAACUGGUGCUGCAAAACCAUGGGGCCCUCAGAGCACUGGUCCUAAAGCCUGGGGCCAACCAGAUACAGUGUUUAAGCUGGGUCUGGCCAAUAAUAGUGGAUCAGGUAGGAGUCCUGGUGGUGCAUGGCAGAUACAGGUUGCUGAUCCAAGGAAACCAGCUGGAAGAGGAAACCUAAAGGCCAAUUCAUCUAAUAGAGGAUGGGAGAAUGCUUACAGGGCACCACCAGCUGUUAUACCUCCUCCCUUGCAACAUGGAAGGCAUUGGGCCAAUCGACCUGGCGGACAACCUGGGGCUUUAGAAGAUGGCCGGGGAAAUGAUAACAUCUCUAAAACUCAUACAGGAUCUGCUGGAGGAGAAGAGUAUGGGUUUGACACGAGUGCACACCAUGAUGAUGAUGACGAUGACGAUGACAACGACAAUGAUGCAGUGGAUGAUGAUGAUGAUGAUGAUAUACUAAGUGAUGACUAUGAUUCUGAUGAAAGCCAAAAAAGCCAUGAGACUCUAAAGAAGAGCAAGUGGUUCAAGGUAUUUUUUGAUGCCUUGGACAAGUUGACCGAUGACCAGAUAAAUGAACCUACGAGGCAGUGGCAUUGCCCAGCGUGCAAAGAUGGCCCAGGUGCUAUUGACUGGUACCGAGGCCUGCAGCCAUUAAUAACACAUGCAAAGACAAAAGGAGCGAAUAGGGUGAAACUCCAUCGCCAAUUAGCUGAAUUGUUGGAGGAGGAGCUACGCAGGAGGGGAGCUUCAGUUAUACCAGCUGGGGAAACUUUUGGCAAAUGGAAAGGCCUGAAACAGACAGUUACUGACAAGGAGAUAGUCUGGCCACCUAUGGUUGUCAUUAUGAACACGAAACUUGAGCAAGAUGAUAAUGAUAGGUGGAUAGGAAUGGGUAAUCAGGAACUUCUUGAUUAUUUUAGUUCAUAUGCGGCAGUCAAGGCUCGGCAUUCCUAUGGUCCACAAGGGCAUAGGGGAAUGAGUCUACUCAUAUUUGAGAGCUCUGCGGUUGGUUACGUGGAGGCUGAGCGGCUGGACGAUCAUUUUCUCAAGGAAGGAACUCAUAGGGAUGAUUGGGAUCGUCGUCGGGUGCUUUUUUCUGCCGGUGGGAAACGUCAACUGUACGGUUUUAUGGCAUGCAAACAAGAUCUGGAUCUCUUCAACCAACAUUCUUAUGGCAAGUCGAUGCUGAAAUUUGAAAUGAGGUCCUACCAAGAAAUGGUUGUGGGCCCAAUGAAGCAAAUGAGCGAAGAUAAUCAACAAUUGUUAUAUUUUAAAAACAAGGUGGCAAAAGAACAAAGGCGUUCAAAGUUUUUAGAGGAAUCAUUUGAGGUAUUGAAUGAGAAGCUGCGGAAGACAACGGAAGAUAAUCGCAUAGUGAGGCAGAGAACGAAAGAGCAGCAUGAACAAAACAAAGAAGAGAUGGACUACCAAGAGAAGUUUUACAAGGAUCAAAUUGGGUUUAUUCAACAAUCUAUAGUGGACAGGGAGAAAAACUUUGAGGAACAGCUACAGGAAGAACGUAACAAAGUGACACAAUCAAGUGCAAACGCCACAUCCAAAGAGGUCCAGAAACUAAGGAGUGAAGAGAUUGCAAGGUUCAUUCAUGCCCAGGAAAAGGAGGUAGAAGAAUUUGAAGCGGAGAGAGAGAAGCUUAUAAGAUUGCAUGAGACCAAAAAAGCUGAGAUGAAGAUGAGGCAUUAUGCAGAGGAGAUUGAGCUGGAGAAGGAAUUUGAAACUUCAAUGACUGAACUGAUGUCCAAAUACACUCCAGGUCACUCCAAGGAAGGCAAUGACAGCAACGCUCAGGAGUGAUAUGUGGUACAUGGUAUCCCAGAAACUAGUACUCAAAUAGCUCAUAGAACGAACCUUAGACCUUUAUUCUUCAGUCUUUAUCUCUCUUUCCCUAUUGAACAGAUUUUAUAGUAGCGGAUAUCAGUUACAAACCAGAAGCAUGGUUAUGAAAACAGUCAGUGUAGUGUGGGAAACACUGCAUCAACUCUAUAUGCUUUUCUUAUAGGAAUAUAAAUUCUGGUGGUGAGUGUUUUGGGGAUUUCAAAA